GGGGGCCAGGCAAGCAUGAAAAAACUGCUAAAAUGAGGGAAUGGGAUGUCUGGCUAUUGUAGGAUUCGGCAAGGAUCGUGGGGUAGAAAACCAAAGGCGAGCACACGAUGGCACGAAGAAGGACAUUUCUCGAAGAUCGCCCCUAAGCAUUGAGCCACCUAGGGAAGUACCAAGUGGGAUAGAGGUUAGCUUGCCGGCGGCGAGUGGGGGUUGGCACCCGGUGGCGGACUGGGUCGGGGUUGAGCUUAUGGAAAAUACGGCUUACCUGGUAACAAGGGUCGAGUGGCGCGCGGACGAGCAUGGGGAGUGGAACCCGGACCCGCGGGGGCAUGUGCGUGCAGACGGACGAUUGUAUGUGUCCGAGGAUGGGUGGCGCGAGUUUGGGGUUCUAUUGGCAUCAGGGGAAGACCCAUUGAGUAUGUUCGAAGGGGCAUGGCAGUUAGUAUGGGAGGCGGGAUUUGAGUUUGCAGAUCCGCAAUUUGAUGACGUGACGACAGACCUUAGGGUAACCAUGGUUGGAAGUUUUGAAUUACCCAGUGAAAAUAUUUGGAUGAGGCUGCCGCCUUUUCUGCUGGAUCGGCUAGGCGGCCUGAAACUUGUCAGACGGGCGGUGGCCGACCUCGCCAGCUUGACAUAUGAGGAAACGGUGAUACACCGAGAAUACUAUCGGGCCUUCCUAGAAAUGGGGCCGUUCAGCGGAGAGCAGAAAUAUGAGGUGCUGCGAAUCCUGCACGCCGUGGGACCGCUAAAUCGAAAUGGCGAUGAGACGCGCCCGGAUGUCGCRACGGCCCACGCAMSCYSGACCCCCCACGRAAAGCGGAGACGGAUGGGAGGUAUCGCUCCCAGCAAGCUACAGGGUCCGAGGGAUCGAUACCGAAUGGAGAGCCGUAACCUUGGGAAGGGACCAGGCGUUCAUGAUGGUGGAAUGUUUGUGGGAUGCAGGUCCCUUAAGGGUGAGAUUCUCGGGUCCCAGGGAGAACGCGUAAAUUGGAAUUCGCCAGGAGGAAUGCGGCGUGCCGUCAUCGUCCUCAAUAACUUGGAUAUAGCCUCCGUAGAAGUAGAACCGGUAGCCGAUAUUGUCUGGGACCAACCAAGGGGACGUGGCCCACAGGCCAAUUUCAUCCUAGACGACAAUGGGCAGGAUAGGGUAAACAUCACCACCCGACGGACCGGUGCGGAAAAGAAGCUUAUUCGAGACACGAUAAUGGAAGAGGUUGCUGAGACUGGCGCAAAUCAGGAAGAGACUGAGAUCGGGGAACAGGAGAAGGUCUAUGGGAAGGCAAGGGAAGACGAGUCGAUAGACAAAGUUGCGACGGCAAAGAAGAAGUUCAGGUAUCAAAUUCCGAUCCUAACUUCGCCUGAAAUCGAUGGCACCCUGAGUAAGCUGCUGGGUACCAUGACCAAAGAGCAUCCUGAUUGUUCCGGAGGUAACCAUAUUGGGGUUUUGUUGUGGGGCUUACGGGAGAAGACCCAUCCGGCAAAAACUGAUAAGAUCUCUCAAUGGCCGACGCCCCUGCGCACCAUGACUGAAGUACGAGCCUUCCUAGGGGUGGUCGGGUUCUGGAGGAUCUUUAUCAAAGGAUUCGCAAAGAUAGCGGAGUCUAUCCGCGCAAUGAUUAGAGAAGGUGGCACCAUGGAAUGGACCGAGGAUAGAGAAGCGGCAACCCAAACCCUUAAAGACAUCCUGUCUUCCGAUCAGUUCACCCUAGCAACACCCUGUUUCAACGAUGAGGUAGGACGACCCUUCAUCUUAGAAACAGACGGGGGACCGCUGGCAGUUGGAGGAGUAUUGAUACAGAAAAGCGAGGAAGGCAAGGAAAGGCCAAUCAUAUUUGAAAGUAGAACCUUGAAUUCGGCAGAACGGCGGUACUCACAGUUCAAGAAAGAGGUCUUAGCGAUCCUGUUUGGGAGGCGGUUCAUCCUGAGGAUCGACCCAACCAACGUCGCUGGGGCACUAAAGAACUAUAAGCCUAUCAACCCAACCGUCGGGAGAUGGAUAGGCUUCAUAUGGCAGUUCGACUAUAAGGUCGAGCGGAUUGCGGGGCUCCGAAACAGGGCGGAUUGGCUGAGUAGGGUAUGUAUCACGCCGGAAGGGAUAGAGGACGCAGAGCCGAUUGACGCCUUCCUGGAAUACCAAGGAAGGAUUCAUGCUGUGGAUAACGAGAUGACAGACUCCAUAGCCAUGACGGGUCAGUUGCUGAUCCAGACCUUGGAAAAGGGCGCGCCUGCGGUAGUGGCGGAACUUCGGGAAGGACCGGUUACUACUUUUAGGCGUACAGACGAGAGGGAUUCGUGGGGUGCAGUGAUUGGGCCUAAAGAGGAACUGAUGGCAAUGGCCGUUGAAGGAGGACGGGACGCCAUGAUGACCUUAAUAGAAUCCUGGACGCAAAAGGAACCGCAGUACCUGGUGAAUCAGGCUCAGGAGGAGCAGGGUACCGACCAGAAGGAACGGGAAUUUUUCCUCAUACAGAUGUAUGAGGGCAUCUUCAAGGAAGUCGUCUUGUUGCUCAUAGGAAACAAGCAACCCUUAGAAGUCAGCCGCCACAAGGCAAGGGAGGAAGCCGAAAAGUACAUCCUGGAUGCAAGGGAUAACCUCAGUGGCUACGUAGAGGCGGUGACACUCAAGAGAAAGAGAGGGAAGGGAGUGGCCGAUUGGAUAAAGGAUUUCUACCUAAGACACCCCUUUGUGCGCAGAUUCAUAGCAGAUAAUGAGACGGAGUUCGUCAAUCAGGAGGUAUUGAGCUGGCUUAAGACCCUGUGCGUACCCAUCAAGAUCAUUGAGCCAUAUCACACUGAGGCAAAUGCAUCGAUAGAAAGGGCGCACCGAACUUUGAAGAACACAACCGCCAAGCUGGCAGUGGACGAUUUGGGAAACUGGCGACGGUUCCUUAAGCAGGCGGUCUUCUCGGAGAACAUGACGCCGAAAAGGACGACGGGAUGCAUCCCGACAAAACUCUGGUAUGGGAGGGAGAUCGAUUUCCCGGUGGAAGCCCUGGUUCGUACCUGGAACAGGCUAGAUGACAAUCCGCACAUGUGUACUGACGAACUAAUUAUCGCGCGUUGCCAACAGGUCGUGAGAAAUGACGAAGCCUUGGAGGAUGUGGUUUGGCGGGUAAUGGAUAGUCGAAUGAGGGACAAGGCCAGGUGGGAUCAGGUAAAGAACAUCUGGAAGGAGCCGCUUCAAGUGGGAGAAAAGGUACUAGUCAGGAACUCGGCACUAGAAAGCACAUGGUCUGGGCAGUUGGGAAAAAGGUUCAAAGGCCCAUACAGAAUCGCAAAGCGGUGGGACUGAACACCUUUGAACUUGAGGAUCUUGAUGGUACAAGGAUAAAGGGGCCAUUUCCGG